UCUUCCUGAGGGUGUCAGGAGGGCUCAAUCAUUAGGAUCCUUUAGCGAUGAAGUUAGAAAGUAUUUCCUUUUCACAUCUUAAAACUAUUUUUCAUAUUAUCCUUUCUCUGUAAAAGUAUUUCAUCCAUUUCAUAUGUAUAUAUUAUUACAUUCUUUAUUGUUUUUAUAUAUAUAUAUAUAUAUAUUUUUUUUUAUUUGUCAUAAUAUAUUAACGCUAUUAAUAUAUUUAUACUUCUCAAUAUUGCACCCACUCCCACAGUAUCUAUAUUCGUUAUCCAGUUUCACCAUAGGUUGCCUGGAAGAAAUUGCUGUUAAGCAAUAAGGCCGCCAUUUGUUUACUCAAUGUUUUUAAAUAAUAAGCUCCUGUAAACAUUGUAUCAUAUUGAGUGCAAUAAAGUAUAUUAUUAUUAUUAUUAUUAUUAUUAUUGUUGUUGCAUUUUAUUGUAUAUUUCAUAGCUCUGUACCGCCAUCAUGUUUGAUUAUUUUCCCAAAGAUUGAUUGGGAGAGAAUGCUAUAAGCAUUAAGACUGCCUUUUAUGCCAUCUUUAUAUUGGUACCAAUAAAGAAAUAAAUAGAGUUUAAAUUCCUUUUGUAUUGCAGCCGAAUAUAACAGAAUAUCGAUGUCAGUCAGAAAUUUUUCAUAAGAAGAACCAACAUUGGUGCAACGAAAAAUUUAUAUACAAUCCCAUCAUGAUAACCAGCGGCAAAUCGAAGAACAAUCCAUUGUCUCCCGGCACGAACAAAAUAAGACCGAUCCAAUUUCAACCUCAAGAAUUGAAUAUAAAAUUGAGACCGGGUGCAUUAUAUAAAUUCAAAAUGUUUUAUAAGCCAGCAGACGAUUUUCCCUUGGACGUUUACUAUCUCAUGGACUCUUCUUAUACUAUGAGAAAGCAUAUAAGAGAACUUCAAAAGCAAGCUGAAUUUGUUUACAAGGAACUUGGUAGGUUCACUAACAAUGUCCAGUUUGGCGUGGGAAGUUUUGUGGAGAAACCGGAUUUCCCUUUUGCAGAUCCAAAUAUGCAAUAUGUUUAUUCUUUUCAAAACCAUUUAUCAUUGACAAAAAAUAUAAACGAGUUCAAAAAGGUUAUCGAAAAAAGUACUUCAGGAUCUAACUAUGAUUUACCAGAAGCUGGUCUGGAUGGACUUAUGCAAGUGAUGGCGUGUGAAAAAGAAUUAGGUUGGAGAUCGGAAGCGCGACGGAUCAUUAUUUUAUGUACAGAUGCACCAUACCAUAGUGCAGGAGAUGGAAAAAUGGUGGGUGCAGGAAAGCCAAAUGAUAUGCAAUGUCAUCUGAAUGAAUCCAACUAUUAUAAUCACAGUUUGCUGCAAGAUUACCCAUCUGUAAGUCAACUUUACAAAAUGGCUUCCAAUGGAAAUUUCAAAAUAAUUUUUGCUGCUCUCAGCAAUGUUAAAAAAGAAUACGAAAAGUUGGCAAAACACAUUUUGGGAUCCAGCUAUGCCGAAUUGAAGAAACAAUCAAACAUUGUGCAAAUAAUUAAAACUGCCUAUCAGGAAUCUCUUAGGUACAUGAUGAUAAAGUAUCAGUGGCCUCCUUAUAUACAGUUGACAAUGCAGCCAGAUUGCUCGAAGAUGGACAGUUGUGAAAUGAGGCACAAACAAGCACUAACAAUAGAUGCACAGUUAAAAGUUAAGGAAUGUCCAGAGAAUAAAAAAGAUUUCAUGCAAAAUUUAGAACUCGGUCCAGUCACUGGAGGACUUGAAGAUAAAUUGAAAAUAAACCUUGAAAUCGACUGUCAGUGUGAAUGCGAAACAAAUGCUGGUAUAACAAAUUCACCAUUAUGUAGUAAUUCUGGUACACACCGAUGUGGUAUCUGCGAAUGCAAUGAAGAUCGAUAUGGUAAUGUUUGUCAGUGCAAUGGGACUAUCACAAGUAAGACGGAAUUGGACAAAUGCAAACAGCAUAAUAACGAUACAAGUUUUUGUAGCGGUAAGGGAACAUGCGUGUGUGGUAAAUGUAUUUGCGAUUCUGGCUUUUCUGGUAACUAUUGUGAGUUUGAUGAUAAUUCGUGCGAGAGGCGAGAAGAUAAACUUUGUUCAGGUCAUGGAAGAUGUACUCUUGGAAUGUGUCACUGCUCUUCAGAAUGGAUAGGGGACGACUGCAGCUGUACUGUGAACACCAUUAAAUGCUACCCACCGUUCUCUAAAGAGGUAAGCAUUACAAAUAUAUUGAUCUAUCUAUAUAAAUAAAAAAAACGCUAAAAAAGAAAAAAUAUAAAUUUAUUUAUAUGAGAAAGUAAAAAAAGACGAUUGGGUAAUAAAUGUCUAUCAUAAAGAUUAAAUUACCCAAAAUAUGACAGAAAAUCUCAGAAUUCGUUAUUAUAUCCAAAAGAAAUGGAAAAAAUAUAGAAUAUCAAAAGUACUACUCAAGUGAAGUUCAAUAACUAUUAUAAUAAUAGCUCCAUUCGAAGAUAUUUAUUUAACCAAGUAGUUGCCUGGUUGGUUAAAGGGACUACCGGUUAAAUAAUAUUUGAAGAAUGGAGCUCUGGAAUACUCCGCUUUUAUUUAUUGCCAUUAUAAAAAUGAUAUACUUGCUUUGCAGAUAUGUUCAGGGAACGGUGACUGUGUGUGUGGUGAAUGUGUAUGUCGCAAGUCAAAUGGAAAGUCAUUAUUUCUAGGAAGCUUUUGUGAUGACUGUGAAGAGUGUGCCGAUAAAAGAUGUAAGGAACUUGAGGAUUAUGUAGAUUGUAAUUACUGGAACAACAAGACCUAUUGUGAUCAACAACAGGAAUUCAACCAGACCUUCAACACGGAGGUCCAAAUGUUGGACAAGAGUGAAAUUAACAAUAGAACAUGGCCCACUGCAAAAUGGUGUUAUAAAAAAUUAACGAAUGGGACUUCUAUAGUAUUCAUGCACUAUUAUGAUAAAAAUGAUCAAAAGUUACAGGUGAUUAUUCAAAAGGAACUCGAAGAAGAGAGCAAAGCAAAAAUUUGGAGUGAGUAACUUUCUCUAUGUUAUUUUGUUUUAAACUUUCAUGGUCAUUCAUUUUACGAGAUCCCGACAUUUCGGAGCUUUUGCUAGCGCCAUGAUCAUGGAGAGACUUUAUUUAUGUUUAUCUAUGUUGCUUAAUUUUUAUUGAAAUAAAAUUUCGAAUUCGUUUUCAAUCCUUUUUUUGAUUGGAUGAUGAUAAUGAAAACUCUUUUCAUAAUAUUAGGAGAUAACUCCAUAUAAACAUACUAUGUAUAGAUGAAGUU